UUUAAAGCUUUUUUGCCAACAGCCAGUAAAACCAAAGACGAAGAAAAUUAACCGCGUUGUACCUUCGUUUUCCAGAAUUUUCCGACGCCGUUUCCCAUCUGGUUAAUUUCCCAAACCCAAGCAGAGCUCGUUCAGCUUGUAGGAUGUUUUCAGCGACUGGAUCGUUCCGAGGGUGUAGAGGAGCCAGCUUUGGACAAAUGCUGCCGAAGAAUCUGCCACCAACGUCAGGCUCAAUGGAGUCAAACAAACACCAAUCUACCUUCAGUGAUCCUCAGAAACGUGGCCCAGACAGACAAGGUGCCAAGUGGGUCAGACCCGGUUAUGCUGAGAAGCCACAAGUCUCUCCCAAAGUGCUGGUUCAGAAAUACAAUAACGGCGAAACAAACGCCGUGUCUUUGCUUCACCAGCUUGCCCAGCUUCUACAGUUGCAGCUAGAAUUCAAGGAAACAGUAACAACAGGUAACGUCCCAGGAUUUUAUUUUGCCUUUGCUGUUGUUGUGGACAGUGUUCAGCACAAGACUGGCCUCGGAGUGACCAAAAAAGAGGCUCGUCUAAACGCAGCACAGCUUGCUUUGGAGGACUUUUUGCCCAACUUGGGCUGUCUUAAAACGGAUCUUCCUCACGCAUCAGAUGGUCCUCCACCAUUGCCAGUGAAGAAAGAACUGUCCGUCUCCGACAGUCAUCCUUCCAGAGCCAUUUACGAAAGGAAGAGUUCAGUCAACCUCCAGAUUCCACUUGCCGUGAAGGACCAGCUCUCUAAACUGCUGAACAACCACCCUGAGUUCUCUAGCUGUGGAGACACGACGGCAGCAUUCAUUAUCAAAACUUCCAGUGGAUGUGAGGUGGUGGCUCUUGGGACCGGGAACUUCAACUCCAGAGACUGUGUGUCAUCAAAUGGACGAGUUGUGCGCGAUUCACACGGGGUUGUCACAGCAAGGAGGUCUCUUAUGAGGUAUCUGUAUCGGCACCUGCUGAUGUAUUUCAGCAAAAAUACAAAUCUGACUGAGAAGUCGGUCUUCACGCAUAACGUCAACAGCAACCUGCUCUGCCUGAAGAGUGGCAUUACCCUCCACCUGUAUGUGAACCAGCUACCCAAGGGUGCAGCUCAGAUCCCCGGCAACCUGCAUCUGAGCCCUCUUUCCGUUGCAACAUGGCAAGUGAACAAUGAGAUCAGCCUACACAUGGCAGUGGAGGGCAAGGUGUUUUGUGUUUUCUCCUCAAUCCUUGAUAACACUGCUAGCGAGAUGAUCAGCAUGUCCACCACUGACAAGAUCACUCAGUGGCAGGUGUUAGGAUACCAAGGAGCCUUACUCAGCCACUUCAUUGAGCCCGUCUAUGUGCAGAGCAUCCUUGUAGGCGACUCUGGCGGUACUGACAUCCGAGGGAUGGAGAUGUCUGUGAGCCAGCGUGUGGAGGGAAUCACCUCCCAGAUGCCCAUGUUCUACUGCAUGAUCCGACCCCUGAUCAGUCUAGUUCCUUCUGUGGUGGCGCCCAACGCAGGUGGCAGUCAGCUGACCUGUGCCAUCAACUGGAGCGAAGGAGACAGCUCUGUGGAGGUGGUGGAUGGUCUGAAGGGCAAGACCGUCGAGGAGUCCCCUUUUAAGAGUGGUCCUGCUUUGGCAAGCCGUCUAUGCAAAGCAGGAAUGCUGCACCGCUUCAGGUUGGUGGCCAAAGAAGCCCAGAGACAGGACCUAAUCACCACAAGCUGCUAUAGAGAACUGAAGAUGAUGGCUAAGCCGUACCAGGAGGCCAAAAGUGUGCUGCGGGCAUACCUGUGUCAGCAGGGCUUCGGCUCAUGGCUGGAAAAGCUUCCCGAGGGUGACAACUUCAGUGGUUGAUGAAAAAUGUUCAACCUAAAUCCAAGUAAGCUUUUGAAAGCAAAAAAAUUGAAGCCUUAAUGUUGUUUGCUCAGUCUUAAAAUGUUUCUCUUCAUCUUUUCCACAUCAGGUUUGCAUCUGUUAUCCUUUUGUUUUCUCUUUUGUUAGCCUAAAUGUUUACAUUUACCCUAUUAUCUAUAAUCAUAAAUGACAAACAAAAAAGUGUAUGCAGUCCCUAUGUUAUAUUUAAAAUUGUGUUUGGAAGUGAUGGUUUAGGUUUUGCUUUACUGCGUUAGUGGUUUUGGGACUAUUGUAAGCAAGACAUAUUCAGCCUGUCUUGAAUUUUUGACAAAAUGCAUGUUAUAAAAAACUAUGUUGCAUGUGCACAAAGCAUUUCUGUUUUGAUUAUUGAAUCUGACAACAACUGCAACUUGUUUUUCUCUGCAAAUAAUUACAAAAAAACAAUAAAAGGAACAACUACACAAGGAGGAGUCAGGUCACAAUUUUGAUGCUAAAGAACCUGGAUAUUCAGUGCUGUGUCCCAUAAUGUUAUUAUACAGGUGCUGGUCAUUUAAUUAGAAUAUCAUGAAAAUAAAAUAAAUCAUUUACAAACAAUAAUUACAAAGUAACAAAUUCAGGCAGAAGAAAAACUUACGUUAAUGUACACACAGUAAGUUAGGAAAGUACAAAAUACUUCCAAUAACAAUAUCUACUGUUUACUGAAUGCUUACUUGACCUGUAAAUCGCUCAAUGAGCUCAGCAGAUAGAAAAUACCAUUAAAACAACAAAA